AUGACUACUGAAGAACCUCCUAAAACUACUCCCAUAAACCGUAACCCAAAGGACCCUUCUAGUCCUUACUUUCUUAACCACAAUGAUGGUCCAGCAACACUACUCACCACCCAUCCCCUUACUGCUGAAAACUACCACUCCUGGGCACGCACAGUAUGUCGCACAUUGAGAAUUAAAAAGAAAUUGGGUUUCAUUGAUGGUACUCUUCUUGAACCCCCUUCCAUCGAUGCCUUGUUAGAACCAUGGCUUGAAUGUAAUGAUAUAAUUAUAACUUGGCUCCAAAAUGCAAUGUCCCUUGAAAUCAAAAACAGUGUUGUUUAUGUUGGCACUGCCCAUGAUUUGUGGACUGAACUCGAGCAACAUUUUGCCCAAAACAAUGGGCCACGCAUCUAUGAAUUAAAACAAUCCAUCCACAACCUUACUCAAGGUGAUGAUUCUGUCAGCCUUUACUUCUCCAAACUGAAAGGUUUGUUGGAUGAACUUCUUAAUUUUGAGUUUAUUCCUUCAUGCUUAUGCGGUGCCAUGAAACUUGUUCUUGAGAAUCAACAACGAGAUUGGAUGAUGAAAUUUCUUAUGGGCCUCAAUGUUUCAUUCAGCAACAUCAAAGCUCAGAUUAUUCUUCUCAAACCCAUCCCAUCCUUGAGUGAAGUUUAUGGUCUCGUUCAACAAGAAGAGAAGCGUAAGCAGAUCUCCUUCCCUCCUACUCUCCAUGACACAUUUUAG